AUGCCCGACCUCGAGUCGUUGGUGCUUACCAACGCUGAAAGGUCCAAGACUCUGUUCGCCCAUGUCGAGAAUGGCAUCGCCAGGAAACGCCAGAGGCUGAGCACCGACGCCGACCUCGAGAAGGCCGCCCUCUCCGUCCGCCUACACGCCGAGUACGCAGACGUCAAGGACCUCCCGCCGGCGUUAGCCCAGAAGCAGGCCGCUGCUGUCGGCGCCCGGAAGAAGAAAGCCAGGCCAGACGGCACCCCGUCCUCGUCCUCGGCCCCGGGGGCACAGGACGACCAGAAGACGCAGAAACUGAUCGAGGGCAUCGCCGACAGGACGCCCACCUCGCCCCAUGUCGCCGCCGGCAGCUCGACCGCCCUCGUCCAGAGGACCAAGACGCCCUUCACCUCCACCAACCGAAACAACAACAGCAGCACCCAGUCCACGCAGCUGAGCGUCGCCCGCGCACAGUCGACGAAUCAGGUCAGGCCCGACUGGCACCCGCCCUGGAAGCUCAUGAGGGUCAUAUCCGGCCACCUGGGCUGGGUGCGCGCCCUGGCCGUUGAGCCCGGCAACCAGUGGUUCGCCAGCGGCGCCGGCGACCGAACCAUCAAGAUCUGGGACCUGGCCACCGGCAACCUGAGGCUGACCCUGACGGGUCACAUCUCCACCGUCCGCGGGCUUGCCGUCUCCCCGCGCCACCCCUACCUCUUCUCCUGCGGCGAGGACAAGAUGGUCAAGUGCUGGGACCUCGAGACCAACAAGGUCAUCCGCCACUACCACGGCCACCUCAGCGGCGUCUACACCCUCGCGCUGCACCCCACCCUGGACGUGCUGGUGACGGGCGGCCGCGACGGCGCCGUCCGGGUUUGGGACAUGCGCACCCGGAGCAACAUCCACGUCAUGUCGGGCCACAAGGGCACCGUCGCGGACGUCAAGUGCCAGGCUGCCGACCCCCAGGUCAUCAGCGCUUCUCUCGACUCCACCGUCCGCAUGUGGGAUCUGGCCGCCGGCAAGACCAUGGGCGUCUUGACCCACCACAAGAAGGGCGUCCGCGCCCUCGCCCUGCACCCCAGCGAGUUCACCUUUGCCUCGGCCAGCACGGGCAGCAUCAAGCAGUGGAAGUGCCCCGAGGGCGCCUUCAUGCAGAACUUUGACGGCCACAACGCCAUCAUCAACUCGCUUGCCUGCAACGACGAGGUGCUCUUCUCGGGCGGCGACAACGGGUCCAUGAGCUUCUGGGACUGGAAGUCGGGUCACCGCUACCAGUCCCUCGACUCCAUCGCGCAGCCCGGCUCCCUGGGUGCCGAGGCAGGCAUCAUGAGCUCGACGUUUGACGCCACGGGGAUGCGACUCAUCGUCGGUGAAGCCGACAAGACCAUCAAGAUUUGGAAGCAGGAUGAGAAGGCCACCCCCGAAACACACCCGCUUGAGUGGAAGCCUACACUAGGGAGGCAAAAGUUCUAA